AUGGACGGUGACGAGUGUGGCCUGGCGACUCUUCUUCAGGCAACCCCUGAUCGCUCCCCCGCGCCGAUUCCCGCGGGCGUUCUGCUCUUCUCCACCCCCGGCUCCGGCGACGGCACCGCCACGCCCCAUUCCCACCCCCCUCGCGAGCGAUGGCGUGGGCGAGAGGGGAAAUCCACCCCCGCCUGCGCGAUGGCGAUGACGACGCCCAUGCGAAGCGGAGGCGAGGAGGGGGAGGGGGAAAGGGAAGGGGAAGGGGAGGGGCCGCCGCUUUCCCCUUCCCCGGCACCUCCCCGCGGCGCUUUAUUUCGCGGUGGGGAGGACAAACUCGCGCGAACGCCGCACCCCCCCCCCCCCUCCGGAGCUCGGAGCUACGCCUACCUCCACCACCCCUCCCCUGCGGCGGGGACCGGGAACUCCCCGAACGAGCCCCGGCGUUUCAACCAACGCGAGAAGCAACUCUCCUACGGGCUGGAGACGGUCGGGUAUAAGAACAUGAUCCGGCUCCUCGCGCACGACCCGUUGCUGAAAAGCGGCGGGGUCCUGCCGCUGCUCCCGCCCGGGGUGGAGCAGGGGAGCAAGCGGAGCUGGGAUCUCCAAACCCGCAAGUGGCGGCGCGACCUCCACAUGUUCGACCACGUCUUCCUCGACGGCGUCGACGACGAGGCCGCGCGGGCGCCGUUGUUGGAGGCGCAGCGGCGGGAAUGGCGGAGUCUCGUCUUCGCCGGGACCCCCAAGGAGCGGCGGCGGCGGAUCCCCAUGGCGGUCCUCCUCGCCGCCGCGGGGUCGCCGCGGGUGCCGACGCGGAUCCCCGUCGACGCCGCCCUCCGCGGGCUGCUCCGCCACGACGGGGCGUACGUCCCCAUCGGCGACGUCAUCCCGCAGUCGGCGUCGUCGCUGACGAAGGGGACGGGGAUCAGCCCGCUCGAGGCGGGCUUCAAAAUCCACAUCGCCCCGUCCGAGGAGGUCCUCCGCGCGCGGCGGGCGCAGCAGGAGGCCGCGGAGGCCCCGCCGCGCGCGAAAUCGACCGCCAUCUCGCCCCCGCAGCCCCUCUUCUCGCCGAGCGGAUCGCCGCAGGGGUUCUCGCCGAGCCCGGCGCUCCCCAUCGCCCACGGCGGCCGGCGGAGUCCGUCGCCCUCGCAGACGACCGUCGUGCAGCAGCUCGCCUUCAACUCCGUCUCCGUCAGCACCCCCGCGCGGCGAGGGCUCUCGCGAGGGGCCCCGCUCCGAUCAUCCCAGCCGCAAUCCCAAUCCGAACCCCAACCGCCCUCGCAACCCUAUCUCCAUCCUCCCGCGCAGCUGGCGGUCUUGGGCUCGCCGCCAGGCGGGGGGGAGGGGCGAGGGGGCUUCGCCGCGCCUUUCGUCCUCACCGUGGAGGGGGCGAUGCUCGCCGGGGGGUGGCCGUUCGUCGCGAUCCCCACCGCCGCCGGGGGCAGCCCUGCCCGUCAACCCCAACCCCCAUCCCAACCCCAACCCCAACCCCUCCUGUCGUUCUCGCCGCCGCAUCUGCAGCCGACGGGGUUGACGCCGGUGGUGGCGGUGCUGCCGUACGGCCCCUACCCCGCGUGGGCGACGCCGGUCGGGGGGAACGCCUUUCCGCAGCCUCCCCCUCCUCCUCCUUCGGCGUUGAAGUCGUCGUUGACGGCGAUGGGAGGGGGGGGGGGAGGGUCGGCGACGAAGCGGAAGCCGGCCGCGGCGGUGCCGAAGUACAUUUCGAUGCUGCCGAUGCCCUCCACGACGACGACGAUGAGCACCCCUCAAAAGGCCGGGGAAGUGAACGAGCCCAGCACGGCAUCCCGAAACGCGCCGUGA